UUACCUUUCUGGUUUCCUAGAGGCUCUCAAGGACAGGUUGUGAUGUCUCUCCAUCCUUUUAGUUCCUUGCUUCGUCUCUACUCCCAAACCCAAACCUGAUUAAUGCCUCGCCUCCAUUCCGUACUCUCCUGCUGAAGCUUUUUUCUCUGAAACUAGUAUAUCCCCCAUCUGUUUGGUCCCGACGAUUUUCCGCUUUGGGAGCACCACCAAGCUCUUCCAGCUUGCAGGGCUGGAGUCUUUGCCAGGGACAGCAAUGGUGCCGACGCAUGGCGAUACAGCCGGACCGAGCUCCAGCCAGGAUGACCCGGCAGCCAGCGUGAAGAAGCGCAACAGCAACAGGCCUCAGUGUAAUCGAAUCUCUCCUCUGAUAAAGAAGCAGAAUUCUGUUAAUUAUUUCUUUAUUUCUCCAGCCUGGUUUUUAGUGAAUUUGAGGGCUGGGGCUUUUGCACCAUAAUCAGAAUUCGAUGUGCUUCGAACCAGAACAAAAAGAAAAAAAAAACUCUCUCUUUCCAAGAUUAGGCGAUGGUGAAUUCAUGAAGUUUUUUUUUUAAAAAAUGAGGCGAUUCAUAAAGCCGAAGUAACCUAAACUAAUUUAUACGAUGCUGUUAUCUUUGUGGUUUAAAUUUGAAACAAGGAGUGGUUGUUAUGUAUAUGAUGACUGUAUUGUGUUGACUUUGAAGAUCAUCCGUUUACUCAGCAACAGCUUCCAGCUUGCAAGCCUAUACUUGCGCCUCAGACGGAUGGUGACUAUUGCAACUAACCCUGGGCGACGCAAUCAGGUCAUCCCUGUACUCCUGUUUGUGGGCGUAGUUUUUAUCGUGAUUGGCCUUGGCUGCAUUGCAGCCUCAAACAGGGUGGUUGAAGUGGUCUAUGAGUAUGAGACUUCAUGCAUACCAAGACACAUGCUUGGCAACAAAGUCGCCUAUAUCCAAAACCCAUCUAUAGAUAAGACAUGCACAUGGAUUCUCAAGGUUCCUAGGGAUAUGAAGCACCCAAUCUACGUAUAUUACCAGCUUGACAAGUUCUACCAGAACCACAGGAGGUACGUGAAGAGCCGCAGCGACAAGCAGCUGAGAGAUCCCAAGGAGGCCAACAGCACGCAGCAGUACUGCAAGCCCGAAGCUACCACCGAGCACGGGAGCGCCGUCGUCCCCUGCGGGCUCGUGGCCUGGAGCCUGUUCAACGACACCUACAGCUUCGCCCGGGGCAACAACAGGGCGCUGAGGGUCCACAAGCGAGGCAUCUCGUGGAGGAGCGAGAGGGAACACAUCUUCGGGAAGCAGGUGUUCCCGAGGAAUUUCCAGAAAGGAGCUCUGAUCGGAGGAGGCACGCUUGAUCCAAGAAUACCUCUGAGUGAGCAAGAAGACCUGAUCGUGUGGAUGCGGACCGCGGCUCUGCCGACGUUCCGGAAGCUGUACGGCAGGAUCGAGGCGGACCUCCGCGCCGGCGAGCUGGUCACGGUGACGACGCAGAAUAACUACAACACCUACAGCUUCGGCGGGAAGAAGGCGCUGGUGCUGUCCACGGCCGGCGUGCUGGGAGGCAGGAACGGCUUCCUCGGCCGCGGGUACGCCGUCGUCGGCCUGGCCUGCCUGCUGCUGGCGCUGCUCCUCACCAUGCUCUGCCUCGUCUUCCCACUGAAAGAGGAACACCUUGCGCUGCAGUACCCUUUGCUCCGGCCUGCCACGGUGACCAUGCAUGCCUAGCUAGAUCAGUAGACGGUGUACAGAUUGAAACAGUUUCUUCUUUUUCAUUUUUGAUGUAUACUCAGAUUGAAACAGUUUGUUCUUUUUCUUCUUGGAUGUAUACUUGGGGUCUGAUCGGUGAUUUCUUGCGCACAGGAACAGCUAUAGGUCGAGCUGCGACAUGUAAAUAGACACUCAAAGAUUUGAGUUGUACUUGUACAUUUCUACUAGGGUCUAGGGGUUACAGAGUUUAAAAUUGGAAUAUGACAGUGGAUACGAGGGUAACCCCCAAUGUAAUCGCCAAGUGAUUUGGUAGUAGAGCACCGCAGUGUGUCUAAAAAUGAGGAUUGAAGUUUCUCUGUCGAUACUGAGCACCGUUACCAGCCAGCCACUACGCAGCUCUGUUUGGAUAUCAGUUAUAUUAUUUAGGUGUCACUGAAUUGUAGUUUAGAAUUGUACGGUCUAUUUUCACAUAAUACAGAGGAGUGAGCUCUCUAUUGAGAGAGAGAGUUUCUAGUUAUAAUUCA